CGCGCUUCGGGGCUCCCGUUGCGCGGGGGGACGCGAAAGGCGGCGGACGCGGCCGGAGGCGGUUGCGGGACGGGACGGGACGGGACGGGACGGGACGGGACGGGCGCCGGCGGCCGCAGCAGCAAGAGCUGCUGCUGCUGCUUUUCCCUCCUUCUCCUCUCGCUCGGCCGCCCGCCCUCGUCGCGCCGCGGGCCUGCAGAGUUACUGCUAUGGCUACUACAGUGAACUUGGAGCUUGAUCCCAUUUUUCUGAAAGCCCUGGGCUUCUUGCAUUCAAAGAGUAAGGAUUCCGCUGAAAAGCUGAAAGCACUUCUUGAUGAGUCUUUGGCCAGAGGAACCGAUUCAAGCUAUCGUCCUUCUCAGAAGGAAGUAGAGCAACCAAAAGUAUCUGUUACCAAACCUAUUUCCAGUAAGCAAGAGCCUAAAGCUUCUUCUAGUUUGCCUUCAGGCAACAACAAUGGCAAGUCUACUGUGUCAGAGAAGGUGAAAAAAGAAACAGAAAAGAGAUCUAGUGAUAAAAUGAAAGGGGAAACUGCUGAAGCAAUUGAUGCUCCAAAGAAACCAAGGCUAGAAAAGCAAGAGGCUCGUUCAUCUCCUAUUACUGUUCAGACAAGCAAGGAUUUAUCCAUGCCUGAUUUAUCUAGCUUUGAGGAAACUAGUGCUGAUGACUUUGCUAUGGAAAUGGGUUUGGCCUGUGUUGUUUGCAGGCAAAUGACAGUUACUUCUGGGAAUCAGUUAGUGGAGUGUCAGGAGUGCCAUAAUCUCUACCACCAGGAUUGCCAUAAACCUCAGGUGACAGACAAGGAAGCGAAUGAUCCUCGACUUGUUUGGUAUUGUGCACGCUGUACUAGACAGAUGAAGAGAAUGGCUCAAAAGACACAAAAACCACCUCAAAAACCAGCUCCUGCUGUGGUUUCGGUUGCACCAGCUGUGAAAGAUCCAUUGGUCAAGAAGCCGGAAAUUAAGUUAAAACUUGAUACUCCACCAGCUUUUCUAGCAUUCAAGAGAACAGAAGUCAAGACCUCAGCAGCAGUUUCGGGGACCUCAGCCAGUACAAGUGUUUCCUCUUCAGCAACCAGUGGCCUUACGGGAUGGGCUGCUUUUGCAGUCAAAACCUCCUCUGCCAGCCCAUCAACUGCCAAACUGGGAUCAACAGCGCAGAGCGCCAGUGGGAAACCUGCAGCUUCUUCUAAUAAUCAGAAACCUGUGGGCUUGUCGGGGUUGGCAACUUCCAAACCAGGACUAGGGUCAAAAAUACCUUCAGCUAACAACAGCACAAACCCUGUUCAGCUGAAGCCGCCUCCACCUCUGACACUGGGAAAAACCACUCUCAGCCGUUCGGUAAGCAGCGACAAUGUCAGCAAAGUAGGUCUUCCUAGUCCCAGCAGCACUGUGCCAAGCAGCAGCAGCAGCAGCCAGGUGCCCAGUGGGAAUGGCAACAGUGGGACCACAGGUAACAGCGGGAGCAGUGCAAGCAAAACAGCAGCAGAUACUGGUAAUCAGUCGGCCUCCCUGAAAGGCCCAACUUCUCAGGAAUCUCAGCUAAAUGCUAUGAAAAGGUUACAAAUGGUCAAGAAGAAAGCCGCUCAAAAGAAACUCAAGAAGUAGGACAGCUGCUUGUUAAUUUUGUUGGUAGUGUUCCAUAAAACAACAGCAUUGAUGUUUUUCUUAAAAAAACAAAACAAAACAAAAAACUCCCAGUUACUAGGCUGAAACAGUAAUUAAAUCAGGGAAGACCAAAACCUAUAUUCUACAGGAGAUCAGACUUGGAUGAUCCUAGCAGUUCUCUCUGACUUCACAAAUCUUUGAGUUGAAUACGAUGGAGGAAUAUUCGUUAGAAUAUGCCUACUGUUUUUUAGCCCAAAGCUCUGAAAUAUGAUGUUGUUAAACUUGGAUUUUUUUCACAUAUAAAGAAAAUAUUUGUGUGCACCCUUCAUAAAUUGGACUUCCAGAUCCUGUCAUUCUUAAACAGCAUUAUUAAUAAAAGUGUUGUUAAUCUGGGACAUCAUCACUGCUUUUCUUUCAUACUUCAUUUUCCAAUACUUUAACCAAGAAAUGCUUCUGUUGUUCAGGGUUGUCUACAUUAUGCAAAAUUAAUGAAGUUAAUCCUAAAUUAUACAGUUCCUCAGGGGGAAAAAUCUAUUUUCUUUAAAUUAACAAUGAAACGAUAUAUUCUAUUUGAAGUGAGAAUUCUAAGUGACCUUUUUUAUUUUUAUAUACUGGGAAACUUCAUUGGUCACAUUGUUGCUGUUGUAAUCCUCAGACGAAAAGAGUGUUGGCAAAAGGUGAAUGGCCCCUAACCUGAAAUAAGGGUGAAAGAGAACUAAAACAAUAUUUUCAAGCUCUUUUAAACUAUGAAGAAACUUAAGACUGUCCUAUUAUAAAAUUAAUGGAAAAUAAGUGGAAAACAGUAUCUAUUUGAAUUAAAUAGACAAUUCAGUUGAGCCACAUUUAAAACAUAGUGAAUUCAUUUCUUAUAUUUUGAUGAUGUGAGAGAAGGAAAUAUAGAAGAAAACAGAAGGAAAUACCUUGGGAGCCUGUAUGUUAGCUCCAUUUCUGGCCCACCUGAAACACAAGACCUUUCAAUCACGAGAAAAUGAAGCAGGUGCUAUGGGAGUAUUGCAAGGGAGAAGCCGUGUCAAGGCAGAGUUGCAUCCAAGCGUGUUCCAGCACAACAGCAAUGUCGAGGUGACUUUUAUCUAGCAACAUGCGAGGUACUCUGCCUAAAUGCCAAUAAUACUAGUAACUCGAAAGAGGAUGCGUGGAGAGGCAUUCAUCUCUGCGCAUGGGUGGUGUUCAAGCUCAACAUGUUAAAUUCCCUGUUCCAGGGCGUUCGUUUGUGUCUCUUCCCUUUGCAGCACCAGGGCCUCCUCAGUCCCCCUGCCCUGGUACAGUCUUGCGCUCUGCCUGGCUGUUAAAGAAGUGGCGUGCGCGUACUGCAGCUGCCUCCCGGUAACGUCCCCGUCAAGCCUCCCUGCAGCGCUUUCCUGACUAGACCCAGCUUUCGCACCCACAGGCCUCCCUUCAGCUGUUGCCAGUGUCUUGCCCACUGCUACUAAGGAAGGUAAUGGAGAGAGCGUGAGGCGUAGCAGCCUGUCCACGGGCGCUCCUGAGCGGUUCUUCGCCCCUCGUGCGCCCUCUGUUCGUCCUGGCUGCUCCGUGUUUCACUCAGCUCUCGAUCUUGUGGUUCAGGCCGUGCGCGCUGAGUGCUGAAAAACGGUCUUGAGCCUCCUCGCUGUUUGUGACCAGCGUGCAACAAUCUCCUCUCUGUUCUUUCCACGGUAAGGGGAGCAUCUCUAAGCAGGGAAAUGCCUCGGACUUCAGGAUCGGCUGGCUGUUUUCCUCGCCUCCUUUCCCCUCUGCACAAUCAAGACUUAGACCUAAGGUUUCUUAAACAUCCCAAGGAAUAACUUCAUGUACUUAGGAUUGUUCUUUGCUACCUGGAGAAUUUGCAUUCUUUUUCUAGUUUCAUGCCCUGUGGGAGAGGGUGGAAAAAAAGGUUUUGUCUUUCUAUUGCCUGUGGCUUCCAAGGUGAUUGAAGAAUAACAGCAAAAAGAGGAGGAAUCCGGAAGCUUUUAUUGCCUUUGGAUCAAGCUAUCUUUCCUGCUCUCUAGCACAGAAGGUUUUUAAUGAUGGUAUGGUAGGAAAUGACAUUGAACUGUUUUUCAUUUGCAAACAGAAGGCAUUUUUGCCUCCUAAAUGUUAAUCUGAAGAAUAUUGCCUAUACUGUGAAGCAGAGCGUGCAGAUAGAUUCUUUUAAUGGCUAGAGUGCUCCUGUGUAAAGGCAUUUGCUCUAGUAGUAGAAUUUGCUCCCACAGGAAGGUUCAAGAUGUAAAACUGCCUCAGUCAUGCCUCUGAAUACAUAUAUAUAUAUAUAUAUAUAUAUAU